UCCCCCUCCCUUCGGGUCAGGAGGGGCUGGGCGGGGACCGUGGGAGCCACCGCGGAGCCCGAGGCUGGCACCGCAGCAGGAGGACCCCGGUCUGCGUCUGCGGUUGCCGGUUAGGUGGAAGGGAGAGGGCAGGCUGAACUGAACUGAUCCUCUGGAGGCCGUCCGUUGCCGCGGCACCAUGCUGUCCCCUCAGAGGGCUCUACUCUGCAACCUCAACCACAUCCACCUCCAGCACGUCUCCCUGGGCCUGCACUUGUCCCGCCGUCCCGAGUUACAGGAAGGGCCCCUGAGCACACCUCCUCCCCCAGGGGACACCGGGGGCAAGGAGAGCAGAGGCCCCUGCAGCGGAACUCUGGUGGACGCCAAUUCCAACAGCCCCGCGGUACCCUGCCGCUGCUGCCAGGAGCACGGGCCGGGUCUCCAGAACCGGCAGGACCUCUCGCAGGAGGAAGAGGGGGCUGCGUCGCCCUCGGACCCAGGCUGCUCGUCCUCUCUCAGCUCCUGCUCAGAUCUCAGCCCCGAUGAGUCCCCAGUCUCGGUCUACUCCCGGGACCUCCCUGGCGAUGUGGGUGCCCACUCCCGGCCUGGCAUCACUCCCCUGGACCAAGGUUCCCCACUAGCUCCGGCAGGCCCUGCCGCCUGCUCCCCCGACAGCUUCUGCAGCUCUCCGGGUUCCUGCUCAGGAGCUUCCUCCCCACCCGGCCCCGGCCUGGACUCCAACUGCAAUGCUCUGACCACCAGCCAGGACCUCGCUUCCCCGGGACUGGAGGAGGAGGAGGACGAGGGUGGGGAGCAGGAUCCCCCUACCUCCGAGCUUCCAGAGGGGGAUGAUGGCAAAAUCGACGCUGGGCCAACAGAGCCCAGUUGGAAAAUCAACCCCAUUUGGAAAAGCGACACAGAGGAAACAGAGGCUGACGGGAAGAUCAGUGCGAACAAUAACGCUGGCUGGAAAAUCAAUGGGGGGGAUGUUAACGCCGGCUGGAAAACGGAACCUGGAAAACUAGACUCCAGUUGGAAAACCAAGGCAGGAUUAACUGACUCUGGCUGGAAAACCGAUGCGGGGAAAAUCGAUGGGGGAUGGAGAAGUGACGUCAGCGAGGAGCCGGUGCCCCACCGGACAAUCACGUCCUUCCACGAGCUGGCCCAGAAGCGCAAGCGGGGCCCGGGGCUGCCCCUCGUGCCGCAGGCCAAGAAGGACCGCAGCGACUGGCUCAUCGUCUUCUCCCCGGACACCGAGCUGCCCCCACCUGGGUCUCUGGGCGGCUCCACAGGGCCUCCGCGGGAGAUCACCACCUUCAAGGAACUCCGGUCUCGAAGCCGGGCCCCGCCCCCGCCAGUCCCACCCCGGGACCCCCCAGCCGGCUGGGCCUUGGUCCCUCCUAGGCCCCCGCCUCCUCCUGUCCCUCCCCGGCGGAAGAAGAACCGACAAGGGCCGCAAGGGCUGCAACCCAUAGCAGAAGGGCAGCCAGAGGAAGGCAGGGCGACCAGCCCUCCGGCGGGCGAGGAGGCCCCAGCUGCGAAGGCACCUGACGAGCCCUGCGCGCAGGCCGGCCCCGAGGCCGGUCCCCUCCUGCUCCCUCGGCCCCUGGUCUUCCGGUUCUCGGCCGACGGGCGCCCCCUGUUGGAGGGUGGGGGCGCGGGCGCGGGCGCAGCCGGGUCUCUCUUCCUGGCGCCUCUGGCCGGCUGGCCGCGCGCUGGGCUGCGGCUGCUGGGGGCUCCGAGCCCCCCAGAGGAGCAGCUGCUGCCUGUCCGCCUGUCGCCGGUGGGAGCAUAUUCGCCUCCGGCUCGGGGGGCCCUGCCCUGCCUGGCCAGCCCUGAUCUGGCAUUGCUGCUGUCCCCGCUCUUCCCCAGAAGUAGCACCUUCCCCGCCGCGGCUCCCCCGCCCCGCCAGGUACCCGCCCCCCCGCUGCCACGGCCACCUCGUCCGCCGAAGGCCCCUCGCUGGAUCCGGAGCCCACCGCCUCCGCCCAGGCUACUCCGUAGUUCCUGGUCCUUCGCCGGAGUCCCCGGGGCCCAGCGGCUGUGGAUGGCAGAAGCCCAGAGUGGGGUUGGACAGCUGCAGGAGCAGAAGAAAGGUCUCCUGAUUGCCAUCAGCGCCUCUGUGGAUAAAAUUAUCUCGCACUUUGGGGCGGCCAGGAACUUGGUUCAGAAGGCUCAGUUAGGGGACAGCCGCCUGAGCCCAGAUGUGGGGCACCUGGUGCUGACCACCCUCUGCCCUGCCCUCCACGCCCUGGUAGCCGACGGGCUGAAGCCUUUCCGGAAGGACCUCAUCACCGGUCAGCGCAGGAGCAGCCCCUGGAGCGUGGUGGAGGCAUCUGUGAAACCAGGUGCCAGCACGCGCUCCCUCGGAACCCUGUACGGCCAGGUCAGCCGCCUGGCCCCACUGAGCAGCAGCCGCAGCCGCUUCCACGCCUUCAUCCUGGGCCUCCUCAACACUAAGCAGUUGGAAGUAUGGUUGUCCAGUCUGCAGGAAGAUGCAGGUCUGCUGUCCCUCCUGUACCUGCCCACGGGAUUCUUGGCCCUGGCUCGGAGCAGCUGCCCCGCCCUGUCCACGGAGCUGCUGCUCCUGCUGCAGCCUUUGUCGGUGCUCACCUUUCACCUGGACUUGCUCUUUGAGCACCACCACCACCUGCCCCUGGGCCCACCGCAGGCCCCGCCCCCCCCAGGCCCGCCGCCAGCCCUGCAGCAGACCGUGCAGGCCCUGCUGCACUGGGGGGGCCGGCUGGCCCAGAGCCUUCGGGGGGCCUCUGGGGAGGCCCUGCCAGACCCUGAAGCUCCCCUGGCCUCCGAAACCCCUACAAGCCCUCCCACACCAGGCAGCUGGUGGGAGCAGCUGACCCAGGCCUCCCGAGUCUACGCCUCUGGGGCCACUGAGGGUGUCCCUCUCCCCCGGUGGGGACUCAGGCAUCACGGGACUGCCUCGGAGGGCACAGCGGAGAGACCCCUGCCCACAGAGGCGGUGGGCCCAUGCAGGGCCGCGUGGCUGGGCAGACUGUUCGGAGCUCCUACAGGCCCCGUGGAGACUGAGAGUGGGACCCUAAAGUCCAGGAGACCAUCCAGUUGGCUGCCCCCCACAGUGAGCGUGCUGGCCCUGGUGAGGCGGGGGCCACCUCCUGAGCCUCCCUCUCCUCCUGAGGGGCUUGAGACCUCAGCCCCCAGCGUAGUGCAGCCCCACAGGGCAGUCCGGACACUCUGUGACCACACUGCUGCAAGACCGGACCACCUGAGCUUCCAGCGUGGGGAGGUGCUGCGUGUCCUCGCCACGGUGGACGAAGACUGGCUUCGCUGUGGGCGGGAAGGGGUGGAGGGGCUGGUGCCCGUGGGCUAUACCUCUCUCGUUCUGUAGCCUUGGGACCCUACCCUGCACACGUGUCCCCUCCCUGUCACCUGGGCCUGGAAUGGCCCACGAGCACUAAUCCAUGUAAAACCAAUCAUCCCAGAAGCAAACCGCUUCUUGCCUCCCUCAUCUGAUAUUUCAAGUCCGCUUUCCUGUCGGGUGACAUGUGCCCUUCUCCCCGAGAUGUACAGAGGAAUGAAUCCCCUCCAUGUAACCUCUUCCCUAUCUCCACGAGGGACUGUGCAGAAUGGACCGCUCGCCCUCUUCCUGGUCCUCGUUCAGUGGACUGUGCCAGUACAGUAUAUGCCCUGGCUCCUGACUCCUUUCCUGUAUGUAUGGAGUCUGCCCCACCCCACCCUGCGCGUAUUUAUUGGCCACUCGGGGUGUUUGGUGCCGAAGCCUGCAUAUCCCCGGGGCUGGGCCUGUGGUGUUGGUCUGUCUCCUUCCUCAUUUGUCCCAAUAAAGUGUGGGAGUUGGGUGUG